UUCAGAGUGCAUGUAAUAUGGCGUCCUCGUGACAGACAGAUACAUAAAUGCGACUGCAAUGAUUUCAGUAUUUUAUUAGUUAUGUACAUUAUCUGAGUCCUGUAGUUUGUAAACUAGUUCAUAUAAACUGUCAACUGCAUCGACAGAAUGUUUCAAGCGCUAAGCAAGACCAUACGGGCCCCAGUUGCUCGCAUCCUUGCUCCCCGUCCUGUGUUUGUGGAGACGGUCAGAGGGAGAAAAUCACGCACCGACCCCAAGGCAAAGUCAAAAGCUGGAAGAAUUAAACACCCUCCUCCUGUGGACCCAGAAGAAAUGAUUGUUUUGAAGCAACGAUUUGAGGAGUACAAUCUCAUCAUGAGGGCACUGCGAAUGCAGUUCAAAGAAGAAAUGCUGAGGAAGCGUUAUGACGAGGAGACUGGUUCCCUGGCAGAGGCGAGAGCAAAACAGGAGGCUGAGGAGCAUCAAGCUCUCAUGGAGUGGAACAACCAGGAGAAUGAACGGCUGCGGAAAAUAAGGGAGGUGCGGGUCCAGCAGGAGCAGGAGCAGUUGGAGCAGAGGCUGAGGGAGGUGGCUGAGGCUCGCCAGCAAGCUCUGGAGGAGCUCGUCAAGGAAAAGGAGUUGGAGAUCCUCACGUUACAGGAGGAAGUAAAGACCUUCAUCACACUGGAGAAUCUGGACCAGAGGAUCGAAGAGGCACUGGACAACCCCAGAAACUACAACUUUGCCAUCGAUAAAGAAGGGCGUGUGGUGAAGAGAACUGUUUUGCAAUAAAAACCAAGACGCAUAAUCUAAACAAAUACAGACUAUACCAACGGAGAGAAAUGGGGAAAGCAAUCACAUAUUCCUUCAGUCCACUGCUGUCUGUUUCAGGCACUUGCCUGGGACUCUGUGCACUGCAUUCAUUUCAUAUUGUCUCUGAAGAGUGCAUCCUGCGUUUUGUGUCCUCGUUUCUUGGCUUUUGCUUGUGUCUCCAAGUCUAAAUGCCUAUGUGAACCUUAUAUCAAAUGUGUGUUAAUAAACUGUUUCAUGUGAUUUUA